AUGAAGAAAAUGUCUCUUGUCUCUUAUGCUCCUGGGAAAGUGGUUUGUGAAAUGAAAGUAGAACAACAGCAUGCCAAUAAAUUUGGCACUCUACAUGGUGGUUUGACAGCCACCUUAAUAGAUAGCAUAUCGACGUUGGCUCUGCUAUGCACAGAAAGGGGAGCACCUGGAGUCAGUGUUGACAUGAACAUAACGUACAUGUCACCUGCUAAAAUAGGAGAAGAUAUAUUGAUUACAGCAUAUAUUCUGAAGCAAGGAAAAACACUUGCCUUUACCUCUGUGGAUGUGACCAACAAGGCCACAGGAAAAUUAGUAGCACAAGGCAGACACACAAAACACCUGGGAAACUGAUAAUGGCGGUCUAAUCUACAGAAACCCAACAAUGAUUAUCAAAUGUAAAUUUGACUUUAAAUUUUCACAAUAAAUUAGCACAACCA